AUGCCACCGUCAGAAAGCGCUGAGGAGCCUAAAGAACCAGCGGAAUGUGAUCAAGGGGCAGCGGCAGCUGCAGCCCCUUGCAACAGCAUGCCCAGUGCCUCAGGGGAGCCUUGUGGGGGUCGGGACUCCUCUGUCUCACUGGAUGUGAAGGGUAUGGUUGUUGCUAAGUCUGUAGCUGGAGAAGAGACAGUGCGCCUGAUAAGCAGCGAAGGGAAAGCUCUGGAGGUGCCUGUUCACAUUGCAGAGGAGUGUGAGCUGCUGAAACGUCUUCUUUCUGGCAGCUUCGCGGAGAGCAAAACUCGGGUUUUCCAACUGCAGAACAUUCGCCACAACGUCCUCUGCAAGGCCAUCGAAUAUCUCCGGCGCCGGCACCAGUGGAGGGAGGACGGGGGGGCCCCUCUGGAGUUUGAAAUUGAGACGGAAAUGGCUGUCGACCUACUCAUUGCUGCUGACUACUUAGGGAUGAAAUAG